ACAUACUAAAACGAGUGUCGUAAAGUCCUCACCCGUGUCGUAAAGAUCGAAAUGUACAGCACCACAAACAACUGCCAGUUUGUCUCUUUCUUUAUGACUUUUUAACCACAGCCGUGUUUUAGUAUGCGUCACGGUUGCUCCUACAUUCGUCUGUAAACAUGGAGGCCAUGGAGUUCGACAGUUUGGACGUGAAAGAUGACCUCAACCACAAUUACUGCGGCAGCGGUGCUAAAGUCCGCAGGUUCUUGAGCGGAACCGGGUCAGAGGUCUGUCCCACGACGCAGAACCGAGAGCGGCCGACCGCACGCUGGAAGGUCCGCCCCGGUACCGCUGGAGGGUCCAGGCUCAUGGAUUCCGAUACCGACAGCGAAAGCAGCGAGGUCAGCGACGCGGACUGUCCCGGUUCCCCGGCGGCCAAGAAAGUCUCCCCGGAUUCAAGCUCCAAGUUCCUUCUGAAUGCCAUGGCCGUGGAGGACUACAGGAAGAACCACUGGCCCAACCUGGAGAAGGCCAUCGACCGUUUGCUGAUCCAGAACCCGGCGGACCACGUCUCCGUUUCCUAUGCACAGAUCUAUGGCUACAUCUACAAGUGUGUUUGCCAGCAGCACUCGGAGCUGCUCUACCGCGACCUGACCUCCAAAAUCACCACUCACCUGCAGCAGGUUUCCACGCAGCUUCAGGCCAGCCCGGCAGAGAACCUAAUCGAGAACUUCAACGCUGCUCUGACUCAGUUCACCGCCUCGCUGCAGUGCAUCGUUCCCGUCUUCAUCUACUUUAACAAAUUCUACAUCGAGUCCAAACUGAACCGAGACCUGAAGGGGGAUCUGAUGCAGCUGUUUGCUGAGCACGUUGCAGAAAAGCACCUGAGCGCUCUGAUGCAUCUGCUCAUCACUGCUCACUCCAAGCCUUUCCAGGUGCAGCCGUCCACCAUGGCCAGCGUGGUCAAAGGCCUGUACAGCUUUCAGCCGGAAUGGGCCCACCUGGCUCCUGCCGUCUUCUCUGCCUUCAUUCCUCAAAUCCACCCUCCGGCGGUGGAGUCUCAGCUGCCGGAUUACGCCGCACACGACCAGCAGCUGCAGCUGGAGCUCUCCAUGAACGGCUUUCCCCGGGGGGAUCAGUCUCGUAAGCGUACCAGUGAGGACUCCUGAUGUCGGAGCGGCUCCUCCACGUCCGUGCCUCCUCCUUCUCCCUAAAACUUGGAACAAAGUUACCGAUCCGGCGGUUCUCUUGAAUCGAGGCCACGACACUGUGAAGGACAAGCGUGUCAACGUGAUGUUGAAACGCGGCGCUGAAGAGCGACUUCCAAAGGAGUGUGACCUUCAGGGACCCUGACACGGUCUCUGCUCCUUCCAAAGGAGAUCCGACAUGCUGAAGACGCAAAAGUCCUCCCCUUUAACCUGGAAGAUGUUUUAGAAGGCGGGGCUAAUCCAACCUUCCUGCUGCUGCUGCUACUAAAUCAUGCAUGUUACUCUGGGGCUCCUCACAGAGGAGACCCUGCGCUUCGUGUUGCCUUCACUGCAUCGGUAAACCAGAUUGUACUGUGUUUCCCAGCUCUGCCAAAGAGGAAUGAGUACAUGUAUGUUUACUUGGUGUGCAGGGCAUUCGAUUCAAGAGCGAAUCGUUAGUUUACUGAGCCGACCGUCCUCUGGUUGGUGUCGGAGGAGGUCUGGAAGCUCUGCAUGUGGCAUUAACCCAAACCCUUCAUCACAGGAAAAUCCUCCGUUUAGCUCCUCCUCCUCACAUGAAAUGGUGGUUUUCUUUCUGGUGCGUUUAGUGUCCCUAACAUGCCCCUGUAAAUAUGUGUUGUGUGUUUUUGGGCUUCACACAGGCUGUGUUGUGUGAUCGGACACACUUGAAUUGACCUGUUUGUGAUCUAACACUGUUUUAAGUGUAGCGGGAUGGUAAAGCUUGCUUUUGUGUCAUUUUUGAAUAAACAAACUAAAAAAGGAA